UUCUGAACGCAGACAGUCAGUUGCAUUGCACUGGUGUGAACAAGCUAGCGUCAUCCCUUACUUCCUCUAUUUCUGUGGUUAGAGGCCAACGAAACGGGUGACGCUACACACACUAACAUCACAGUAGCCGUCGCUUGUAUAAAGGAGGGUGUUUGGAGGAACGUCAAAACAGACACAAUUUGACAAGCUAGCAGAGAACUCCAACACUGAGUAAUACAUACAAAGAACCCAAUGAUUGUGUUUCCCCAAACAUGCUUAUCUUAGUUACAUCACCAUCAAGGGAACUGCAUCCACUCAACAUUGACAUGGAGGACAACAGAAGAAAGCAGACAAAGGGAUGCGACUUGAGGUCCCGACUACAACGCAGAUCUUCCCAUGCCCCUAACACUGAACGACUUAGUACUGAGGAAAUUAUCCUGUGGUCCCAGUCUUUGGAGAGACUUCUCACAUCAAAAUAUGGCAUGGCAACAUUUCAGGCUUUUCUGAAAUCAGAGUUCAGCGAUGAGAACAUUGAAUUCUGGCUGAUCUGUGAAGACUACAAGAAGAUUAAGUCCUCCUUCAGGCUGUCCUCCAGGGCCAAGAAGAUCUACAAGACAUACAUUGAAGCUGAGGCUCCAAAAGAGAUCAACAUUGACCACAAGACCAGAGAUCUCAUCGGGCAGAAUGUGAAGACGCCCUCCACAGUUUGCUUCGACGAGGCCCAGAGGAUUGUGUACAGCCUGAUGGAGAAAGACUCCUACCCCAGGUUCCUCAGAUCCAACAUCUACAGGACCUUAUUGGACUCCGCAUCAGACUGACUACAUGAAGAUGUGAAUGAAUACCGAUGAUAGAAACUGAACUGAGGCUUCCAACAAUGGACUGCAAUGUUUCACAGCCAGGGAGCUUCUACAAACAGGAUUCAUAAGAAGAUGCUUCCGAGUGUGAAUUAUACUGGGUACAAAUGUACGAGGCCUAAGGGAAUGCUGGGAGGAACAUACAGAAGUGACUGUGCUGGCAAGCCUUCUUGACAUUUGUGUUUAGUCUAUGUACUUUCACUUGAAAGAGGAACGUACGUCACAUAGAAGGGGGCUAAAGAGAUCAUAGAAAUAUAAUGUUGAUUCUAUUUCUACGACAGAGACAUGGUGGUGUCAGGGGAUUACCUUGCAUGGCAUGUUAUUGCUAGGGACUUUCUGUGUCAAAGUUCUGGGGAUGUUUACUAUGUGGAAUCUAAACAGUCUGGGCUGUAACUGUAUGAAAAGGUAUCUGCAGUUGCACAUAAUCUGCAGGUCAUCAGUUGAGUUAUAAGGCAUUUGAUAAAAUAAUCUACUAAAUUUGACUUUUUUUAAAACCACAAUUUUAGAAUGGGUAAUUUUGUUUACUUUAACACAAUGAGGAAUGUUUGUGAUGUAAGCUUUAAAAAAUAACAUUAUGGAGAAUUGAUUUUGUGAAGAAAUUACUGAAUGUAAAAAAUGCUGUUGAUACACUGGAUAUUUGUAAAAAAUUCCGAUUUCUAUAGGUGUAUUUAUAAAAUGGCACAUGGUUUCCAAAUUCGAACAGCUAAAUUAUACAUUUAGUAAAAACACAAAUUCACAAAAAUGUAAAUGCUUCAAACCUUCAAAGCACUUUUAAACAUUUACAUUUACAUUUAAGUCAUUUAACAGACGCUCUUAUCCAGAGCGACUUACAAAUUGGUGCAUUCACCUUAUGACAUCGAGUGGAACAGUCACUUUACAA